CACUUUUCUGUCCCCCCCUCUCCUCUCUCUCUCUCUCUCUCUCCACUUCUGAACCACAUUCACAACCGACUAAACCCCAACAGUUUCUUAUUCCUUCUGAGAAUUUUUUUAGAUCAGAACAGGAAAUCAAAAACACAGAACAUUUUUGGAUAAAAAAGAUGGGUUCUGGUGCCGGAAACUUCCUCAAGGUGUUGGCUAAAAACUUCGACGUUCUUGCUGGGCCUGUGGUUAGUCUGGCUUAUCCUCUAUAUGCCUCGAUUAGGGCAAUUGAGACUAAGUCUCCCAUCGACGAUCAGCAAUGGCUUACUUACUGGGUUCUGUAUUCUAUGAUCACUCUUUUUGAGCUUACCUUUGCCAAACUCAUCGAAUGGAUACCUAUCUGGUCGUAUGCAAAGCUUAUUGCAACAUGCUGGUUGGUCAUACCAUACUUCAGUGGUGCUGCUUAUGUUUAUGAGCAUUUUGUUAGGCCUUUAUUUGUUAACCCGCAGACUGUUAACAUCUGGUAUAUCCCAAAGAAGAAGGACACUGCCGGUAGUAAGCGAGAUGACAUUCUAACUGCUGCGCAGAAAUACAUUGAAGAAAAUGGUACCGAAGCAUUCGAAAAGCUGACGAACAGGGCUGAUAGAGAUGCCAAUUCCAGGGGUAGCAAUUACACCUUUUUUGAUGAGCAUUACGGUUAUUGAGCUGCAUCGAUAGGGUUUUAAUGGCUGCUGCCCAGAUCCUUUGGUUAGGGAAACCUUGUUUGCUGUUUGGUAGUUGUCCUUUUGUUGUCAAUGCUUGGUUAGGGUUUUGGUUCUGAAAAUACAGAAUGUUGGCCUGUAAUUAUUGUUGCUAUGCUCUUGAGCUUUCUCAGGCACAAACUCUUCUAUCAGACAGUGCAGUACAUAACACCAGUUUUUAUUA